GUUCCAGGUGCUGUUUUGCACCCUAUGGACUCGAUGAGGAAGUAAAGCGCCAUUUGGGAUUGAACCAUGGCUACUCCAGCAGGAAGUUCGGAAGCCGGUGGAGGCUUUACGAUGUGGACGCUUUGGGUGUUUCUGGUGGCUUCGCUCUUUGUAUCCAGCAUCAGUGCCGACUCGAAGGCUGUCACCACGACGCUUACUACCAAAUGGCAUUCCACGCCUUUGCUCCUGGAGGCCAGUGAGUUCCUUGCCGAGGAGAGCCAAGAUAAGUUCUGGGACUUCGUCGAGGCUAACCAAGAUAUUGAGCAUGAACAUGACGGAACAGAUCUGUCCUAUUACGAGCUGAUCCUGAAGCGAGCCGGCCAGCUCCUGAGUCCUGUCCAGUUGAAGCUGCUGAAGUUUGCGCUCUCUCUACGCUCCUACUCCUCCACGGUUCAUUCGUUCCAGCAGAUUGCGUCCAAUGAACCUCCCCCGAAAGGCUGCACGGCGUUUUUCAGCGUCCACGGAGAGAAGUCAUGCGAUCUCGAGCGUCUGAAGAACCUGCUGGACGUCGCAUCAGAGAAGCCGAAGCCGUUCCUGUUUAAAGGUGAUCACAGGUUUUCCUCGUCUGACCCGGACGCUCCCGUCGUUAUUCUGUAUGCCGAGGUGGGAACCAAAGAGUUUGCCAGAUUCCACCAGCACAUGCUGGCCAAAGCCAACAAGGGUCUGAUUAACUACGUCCUGCGCCACUACGUCUCAAAACCCAGUGAUGAUAAAGUUUAUCUGUCUGGUUAUGGGGUCGAGCUGGCCAUCAAAAACCAGGAGUACAAAGCCAAAGAUGAUACACAAGUUCAAGGCGCCGACGUGAACGCCACGAUGAUCGGCGAAAACGAUCCGGUGGACGAAGUGCAGGGCUUCCUGUUCGGCAAACUCAAGGUGAUCUACCCAGAGCUGAAGGAACAGCUAAAGGAGCUGCGUAAGCACCUGGUCGAGAGUACAAACGAGAUGGCACCGCUUAAAGUCUGGCAGAUGCAAGAUCUCAGCUUCCAGACAGCGGCCCGUAUCCUGGCAGCCCCUCCUGUAGAAGCGCUCAAUGUAAUGAAAGACUUGAGCCAGAACUUUCCUACAAAAGCAAGGUCCAUAACCAAAACGGCGGUGAGCUCAGAGAUCCGGAGGGAGAUCGAAGAGAAUCAGAAGUACUUUAAGGGCUCAUUGGGACUGCAGCCUGGCGAGUCAGCUCUCUUCAUUAACGGACUCCACAUUGACCUGGAUGUGCAGGACAUCUUCAGUGUGCUCGAUGUGCUGAGAAGCGAAGCUCGUGUCAUGGAGGGCCUCCGGAGCCUCCUUAUCGACUCGCCCUUCAUCCACGAUAUCCUCAAACUGAACGUUCAGCCAUCCGACUCCGAUUACGCCGUGGACAUCCGCAGUCCUGCCGUCUACUGGAUCAAUAAUCUGGAGACGGACGGCAGGUACGCUUCGUGGCCCUCUAAUGUACAGGAGCUUCUGCGUCCCACGUUUCCAGGAGUCAUCAGACAAAUUCGCAAAAAUUUCCACAACCUGGUAAUGAUCCUGGACCCCACUCACGAGAGCACAGCAGAACUAUUCAGCGUCGCAGAAAUGUUCUUCGCCAAUAACAUCCCUCUCAGGAUAGGGCUGGUGUUCGUGGUGAACCAUGAAGACGAUGUCGACGGCAUGCAGGACCCUGGAGUCGCUAUGCUACGCGCUUUUAACUACAUCGCAGAAGAAGUGGACAAUCAGAUGGCCUUUGACGCAAUUAUGUCGAUGCUGAACCGUGUGCCCAGUGGAGGGAAGCUGAAGGUGGAGGAUGUGGUGGCCGUUUUAAAGAAACGUUAUCCCUACGUGGAAAUAAGCAGCAUUCUGGGAGCAGAUUCAGCCUAUGACAACAAUCGCAAGGAAGGGAAGGCGUAUCAUGAGCAGACGGGUGUCGGACCUCUACCCGUAGUCCUGUACAACGGCAUGCCUCUACAGCCUGAGCAGCUCGACCCCGACGAGCUCGAGACCACUGUCAUGCACAAAAUCCUUGACACAACCGGUUUCUUCCAGCGUGCCGUCUAUUUGGGCGAGCUGGCAAGCGACCACGACGUCGUGGACUACAUCAUGAACCAGCCGAACGUGGUGCCGCGCAUCAACUCGCGCAUCCUGACCACAACCAGGAGCUACCUGGAUCUCUCCAGCACCAAUAACCAUUUUAUCGACGAUUACGCCCGGUUCCUUUUCCUGGAUACGAGAGAAAAGAACACGGCCAUGGCUAACAGUCUGAACUACAUGACAAAGAAAGGGAUGCACUCAUCUGACGAUGGUGUGAUCCGUCCCGUGACAUUUUGGGUUGUUGGAGAUUUCGAUCAGCCAGCAGGAAGACAGCUGCUGUACGACGCCAUUAGACACAUGAAAUCGAGUAAUAAUGUGCGCUUGGGGAUGAUCAGUAACCCAACGGAGAGUCCCACAAACGCAACCACGCUGAUCUCACGGGCCAUCUGGGCCGCUAUGCAGACUCAAACAGCCAACAACGCCAAGAACUUCAUCACCAAACUGGUCAAAGAGGAGACGGCCGAUGCCCUGUAUUCCGGGACCAACAUCGCUGAGUUUGCUGUCGGGGGCAUGGACGUCCCUCUUUUUGAAGAUGCGUAUGAAUCUCCUAAAGUGGACUUCCUCUUGUCCCAAGCCGCUUAUUGCCGUGACGUCCUGAAGCUGAGUAAGGGACAAAGGGCCGUCAUUAGUAACGGACGGGUUAUCGGUCCACUCGAGGAGGGCGAGGUCUUUAACCAGGACGACUUCCUUCUCCUAGAGAGCAUCAUCAUGAAAACAUCUGGAGAGAGAAUCAAGAGCAAAAUCCAGCAGCUGGCUGUCGAAGAAGAUCGAGCAAGCGAUUUGGUUAUGAAGGUGGACGCACUGCUGUCGUCGCAGCCCAAAGGCGAGGCCCGGGUCGAGCAUAGCUUCACAACGGACCGACACAGCGCAGUAAAAAUCUACCCCAAGGAGGAAGAAGUAUACUUCGACAUCGUGGCCGUGGUGGAUCCCGUCACCAGAGACGCUCAGAAGCUGGCUCCACUCCUCUUGGUCCUCAAACAACUGGUCAACGUUCACCUGCGAAUCUUCAUGAACUGCCAGUCCAAGCUGUCCGACAUGCCGCUUAAAAGUUUCUACCGAUACGUCUUGGAGCCCGAGGUGGCCUUCAUGGCUGAUAACAGCUUCGCUCUGGGUCCGAUGGCGAAGUUCCUGGACAUGCCCCACUCUCCGCUCUUUACCUUGAACCUGAACACCCCCGAGAGCUGGAUGGUAGAGUCGGUGCGAACACGCCACGACCUGGACAACAUCUACCUAGAGGAGGUGGACAGCAUCGUUGCUGCGGAGUAUGAGCUGGAGUACCUCCUCCUGGAAGGUCACUGCUUCGACGUGAGCACCGGUCAGCCUCCUCGCGGGCUCCAGUUCACCCUGGGCACGGCUUCAGACCCGGUCAUUGUGGACACCAUCGUUAUGGCCAACCUCGGCUACUUCCAACUCAAAGCAAACCCAGGAGCUUGGAUGCUGCGGCUAAGAAAAGGCAGAUCGGAAGAUAUCUACAAGAUCUACAGUCAUGACGGUACAGACUCUCCGGCCGACUCGGAAGACUUAAUAGUCGUCCUGAACAGCUUCAAGAGCAGGAUCAUUAAAGUGAAGGUGCAGAAAAAGCCCGACAUGAUAAACGAGGAGCUCCUCAGCGACGGCAGCAGCGAGGUCGACUCGGGAUUCUGGCAGUCCCUAACCAGAGGAUUCACCGGUGGCCCAAAAGUGGAGGAAACCAAGCAGGAGAAAGACGACGUCAUCAACAUCUUUUCCGUGGCCUCUGGACACUUGUACGAAAGAUUCCUGAGAAUAAUGAUGCUGUCUGUGCUGAAACACACCAAGACGCCGGUGAAGUUCUGGUUCCUAAAGAACUACCUGUCUCCAACCUUCAAGGAAUUCAUCCCUUACAUGGCUCAGGAGUACGGCUUCCAGUACGAGCUGGUGCAGUACAAAUGGCCUCGCUGGCUUCAUCAGCAGACCGAGAAACAGCGGAUCAUCUGGGGCUACAAGAUCCUCUUCCUGGACGUGCUCUUCCCGCUCGCCGUGGAUAAAUUCCUCUUUGUCGAUGCUGACCAGAUCGUACGCACGGAUCUAAAGGAGCUGCGCGACCUGGACCUGGAGGGGGCGCCGUACGGUUACACGCCGUUCUGCGAGAGCCGCAGGGAGAUGGACGGCUACCGCUUCUGGAAGUCGGGCUACUGGGCCAGCCACCUGGGACCCCGCAAGUACCACAUCAGCGCGCUCUACGUGGUAGAUCUGAAGAAGUUCAGGAAGAUCGCCGCCGGAGACCGACUCCGAGGACAGUACCAAGGACUGAGCCAGGAUCCCAACAGUCUGUCCAACCUUGAUCAGGAUCUGCCGAACAACAUGAUCCACCAAGUGCCCAUCAAAUCCCUGCCGCAGGAGUGGCUGUGGUGCGAGACGUGGUGCGACGACGCCUCCAAAGCCAAAGCCAAAACCAUCGACCUGUGCAACAACCCUCAGACUAAGGAGCCGAAGCUCCAGGCCGCCGUCCGCAUCGUAGCGGAGUGGAGCGAUUACGAUCAGGAGAUCAAGAGGAUUUAUAACAAGUUCCUCGAAGGACGAGAGAGAGGAGCGCACACACAGGAAAAGCACACACGAGUGGAGAAGAAAGAGACAGAUAAACACAGCGAGCUGUAGACGCAUUCCGCGCAGGGACGACCGACUCUGUUUAAAGAGUUGUUUUCUUUUUUUUUUUCUUCUUUUUUUUUUUUCUUUCCUUCAAGUUUCUUUUUAAACAAAAAAAGCCUAUUGUCCUGGAGCGGGGUCCACGUCGGCGCUGUGAAAAACUUGAAUGGAAAUGAUUCAAACUCUUGUCAUUUGGGAGUGCAUGUGGCAUGUGGCAGGACUGACGGGGAACAGGCGGAGAACCGAUCACAGAGAACUACUGUGGAAUUGUGGGAAAUCGUGUAUAACAGAUAUCACUGCCUUUCUUCUGUUACACCUGCACGUGUGUGUGUGUGUGUGUGUGUGUGUGUGUGUGUGCGUGCAUUCUGACUGCAGUACCUGCUCACAUAUGAUAAGUGAGGAAAAUUGACAUUAUUUGUUUUUUUUAAAUCCAUGGUUCAAUAGGAAAGGCUAAUUUAUUCAUCUACCGCGCUGACCGUGCUGCUACUCCUCAGUUGCUGUUUUGCGCCAGAUCGUCUGUUAGAUAAAUAAUGAUGAAUUUAAGCAAAUUUAAAAUAGUUUUUUUUUUUUUUUUUUUACUCCACGUCUGAUUGGAUUUAAGAAAUUUCUUACAAGACCAACAGAACUUUGUCCUGAUCCCCCC